CAACAGAAACGCAGAGCUGUGUCUUCCUGGCGAGGUCAAACUGCAGGAGAAAGGCGAGCGGGCUGUGAUGUUGUUGCCGUUGACGUCAACAGAAAUUCUUCUUCAAGAUGAAAUUCACUGUGAGCUCCUCCUGGUGGAUUAUGGUGGUGGUAGUAGUCGCUGCGGCCGUGUUCACAAGAGCAAAAGCCGAAAGGGAGAGGAGGAGGAGAAAGGGGCAAAGGAGGAGGAGGAGGAGGAGGAGAAAGAGGAGGAGGAGGAGGAGGAGGAGGAGGAGGAGGAGGAGAAAGAGGAGGAGGUGGAGCAGGAGAAAGGGGGGGAGGAGGAGGAGUGAGGGACGCCUGUGGAAUUCGAAUUCGUCGCCCCAAACAUAGACCACCGCGAUUUUAUGCUUGAAUCGGGAUCCCGGCUACACGGGGAGACCGUUUGAAAAGAACGGCGAGUUACAUCCGAGAGAUUCUCUCCAAGUUUGACGAGCUCCGUUUAGGACUCAUUUUGGCUGAGUGAAUGUGGACGCCAUGGAGCGCAGAUGCAUGGUAGAUAGUCUCUAUGAGGGAAUCAACUGUUCGAUUGAAAUCCCAAUGGUCCCAUUAGGAGUCAUCUUGGCUGAGUGAAUGUGGACGCCAUGGAGCGCAGAUCCAUGGUAGAUAGUCUCUAUGAGUGAGUACAAUGUUCGAUUGAAAUCCCAAUGGUCGACCCUUGAGUUGAAACCUCCAAACAAGAAAGGUUACCUUGGACGGUCCCUUUCACACUUCGAGUUGUUGACACAUGUAUGGACGUAAUUGCCGCCAGAUGCAUCCAGGUCCGGCAGUAAAUAAGGUCAGAUACA